GCCGCCGCACACUUUUGGCCACUGCACGGGAGAGGGGGGGACGGAGGCUGCAUGUGCGCAGCGUCGCUCGCGGAUCUCCCGAGACUGAUCUCAGCAUCCCGCAGGCUCAGUCAAAAGCAGCGACGAAACAUCAGCCGCUGCCAGACAUGGAUGAAGGAAUCUCCCGCCUGCCGGAGAGGCAGCUACUGGAGCAUAGGGAUUUUAUAGGGCUGGACUACCCUGCCCUGUAUAUGUGCAAACCCAAAAGAGGCGUGAAGAGGGACGAGAGCAAGGAAACGUACAAACUGCCACAUAGACUGAUAGAAAAGAAGAGGCGAGACAGGAUUAACGAGUGCAUUGCCCAGCUGAAGGAUUUGCUGCCCGAGCAUCUGAAACUGACGACGCUGGGACACCUGGAGAAAGCGGUGGUGCUGGAACUGACUUUGAAGCACUUGAAAGCGCUAACAGCCUUAACAGAGCAGCAGCACCAGAAGAUUAUCGCUUUGCAGAAUGGGGAGCGCUCCAUGAAGUCUCCGGUGCAGGCCGACCUGGACGCCUUCCACUCGGGCUUUCAGACGUGCGCCAAGGAAGUGCUGCAGUACCUCUCCCGCUUCGAGAGCUGGACCCCCCGCGAGCAGCGAUGCGCGCAGCUCCUCGGCCACCUGCACUCCAUCUCGUCGCAGUUCCUCCCCGGCCCCCAGCUCCUCUCCCCGCCGAAUGAAAGUGAGCUGGGCUCAACCCUUCCCCUUGGUAACUUUGACCUGCAUACUUGA